UGCAGUAACGUAGGUGGGGGCGUGUCCGUGUGCAGGUUGCUGGAUGGACGCUCACGAGCUGCCUUGAUGCAAACAUCCCAUUUUGCAGUAACCGGUAAGAAGCUAAACAGGACUACAGAUUUGCACUCUUCGUGUUUGCGGAAAGCCUUCAGUUCGUUCACAGGAGCACAAUAAUGAGACCAAACAGUCAAGCACUCAAACACAAACUGUCACAUGACUCAGAGAGGGAAUUUGGAGGAACCCUGGGUGCCGUGUGCAUUCCCAUCUUUCUUCCGUUAACGGUGCUGUUCCUGAUCUGUUUGAGCCGAUCUCCUGAGGCCAGUUUGUUCCAAUGGCCGCCCCCCCUCCCUUCAGCUGACCAGCUGUGGGACCCGCUGGCCCCCGUGCUUCUUCUUGGGUGGUUUGCUUUGCAUGCAGUCAUCUAUUUGAUGCCAUUAGGAAAGGUGUCUGAGGGGCUGGUGCUCAGAGAUGGAACACGCCUCAAGUAUCCCAUAAAUGGUUUUCAUGGCCUGUGCAUCAGCGGUGUGUUCCUGAUGUUGUUACUGGGGCUCGGGGCUCCUCUGGGGUAUCUGUUUGAGCUGCUGUUGCCUUUGGCAGUAUGUGCAAUAGCAGUGUCGUUCCUGUUCUCCAUCUACCUCUACAUCCGCUCCUUCUGGGCUCCUUCCCAUGCGCUUGCUUUGGGGGGAAACACAGGAAACCCGCUCUAUGACUUCUUCAUCGGGCGGGAGCUAAACCCCCGGAUUGGAGAUUUUGACCUGAAAUAUUUCUGCGAGCUCAGACCGGGUCUGAUUGGCUGGGUGGUCAUUAACCUCGGCAUGCUGAUGAAGGAGGUGGAGCUCCGAGGAUCCCCCUCCCUUGCCAUGAUUCUGGUCAACAGUUUCCAGCUGCUGUACGUGGCGGACGCUCUGUGGAAUGAGGAGGCUGUCCUGACCACCAUGGACAUUGUGCACGAUGGUUUUGGUUUCAUGCUGGUCUUCGGUGAUCUGGCCUGGGUUCCAUUCACGUACGGCCUGCAGGCAGCCUUCCUGGUUGUGCACCCCCAGACCCUAAGUUCACUCAAGGCUGCAGCCAUAAUAGCACUGAAUGGUAUUGGAUAUUACAUUUUCAGACAAUCCAACUCACAGAAGAAUCAGUUCAGGCGGGACCCCACUCAUCCAAGUGUCACUAGACUGGAGACCAUUGCCACAGCAACAGGGAAGCGGCUGCUGGUGUCCGGCUGGUGGGGUCUCGUUCGUCAUCCCAAUUACCUUGGGGACCUCCUCAUGGCCCUUGCCUGGUCCCUUCCGUGUGGAUUCUCACAUCUUCUGCCUUAUUUCUACGUCAUAUACUUCACUGUUUUACUGAUUCACCGAGAGGCCCGUGAUGAAAGACAGUGUAGAGCCAAAUACGGGCUGGCUUGGGACACAUACUGCCGACGUGUGCCUUACAGGAUUUUCCCUUAUAUAUACUAAGAAGAAAAGAAGAUGUGGAGGAGAGGGAUCUGAACUGCCGUACAACUUAUUGAACACAAACCUAGCAAUAAUUUCAUGUAAAUCUAUUUUCAGUGAAACAAAGAUGACUAGCGUCUGCGCUCCACAUCUCUUUGGAAAAACAAAUAUGACUUAAAUACUGAUUGGACGGCAGAAACAAAUCCAUAAAUAUCAGUGCCUUUGUUCAAAGAAAGUCUGCGUAAAAGCGUUUUUUACAGUGUCUUGUUUUGUUGUUGUUGUUGUUGUUGUUGUUUGUUUUUUAAAAUGUAGUGCCACAGUAAACUACAUUGGAAAUAAACAACUACAAAACACCAAGUAUUCGA